AUGGAAAAGAGAUGGGAAUCGACGCUCAGCAACUACAAAACUGUCCGCAAGUACAACGGAAAGUUUCAGCUUCUGCCUCAUGACCUCUGGGGCACUGACUUUACCGACGAGUCUAUGGAGUGGCCCGGUGACAACGGCGACUGGACCGACUUUGACCGCUUUCUGGACACUAUUAUUAGCAGGAUCAUUGACAACGAUAUGCUUCCGGGAUUAUAUAUCGACAUCUGGAAUGAGCCUGAAUGGGGCUUCUGGAAGAGACCUCAGGCGCAGUGGCUUGACAUGUUCGGUCGGACUACAAACAGAUUUCGGUCGGACGCCCGUCUUGGAGGAGUCCAAAUGAUUGGUCCCUCUCUUUCACUGCCACCCACAGAAGAGAACACAUGGUGUUCUAACUUCCUAUCUUAUGUCGCUGCGAAUGACUCCUCGCCAGACUUAUACACAUGGCACCAUAUUGAGGCACUUGAUAACCCCGCCAAUGACCUUCAGAACAGCUUGGUCACUUUCAGCAACAUGCGAUCUGCCGCCGGUGCUCCAGAGAAACCCAUCAACAUCAACGAGUACCUCAACCUUGCCGAUGAACUCAACCCAGCGGCAACAGUAUGGCAUCUGUCCCGAUUUGAAAGAUACGAUACAUCGGGUCUGCGCUCUAAUUGGCGUGGAGGUCCAGAUGGUUCUCAUCUCCGUGAUUUCUUAGCCAGUCUCAUAUGGCGCGACAGCGAGAACCUCCCGUACCACUCAAACGGUGACUGGCAGGCACUGAAGUACUACAACCUUAAUAUGACCGGUUAUCGAGCCGGUACAACUGGUUCUGAAGACCGAAUAUUCGAUGUUUACGCCACGGUCGGGAAUGACAAAGUACGUGCCCUUGCUGGGGUGCGGGUCAAGACGGGCACCUGGGCCCUGACUUUCAAGAACCUCAGUGCUGUGGGCCUGCCCCCGGCCGGGGAACUGAAGAUCCAGACCUGGGGGUUCACCUACGAGAUCCCCGAAGCCGAGUUGGAUGGUCCUACGGACCGCGGCAUUGCCACCCACUCUUACACGAACGACGAGAUCACCAUAGCGAUUUACCAGACGGAGGAAGAUUGGAAAACUGCGUGGGCAUUCGAGUUUCUGGUCUAG